CAUUUGAACAGGCACAGGAGCUAUUUAUCAGUGAGGAAGAGCCUGAAGAGAGAUCUAAACAUGACCAAAAUAUCAUCCCAGAAUUUGUUUUCACUCUUGAUGCCACUGAUCCAGAAAAACCGUGUAAUGAAGCUGCUCGAGAAUCUUGUAGAGGGAACUUCCUACACUCCACAACAGUUCCUUCAGUGCUUGGCUGGUUUCAUGGAGAGAAAUGUAGAGGAUGAGUCUGUGCUUAACUACUUUGAAGACCUUGAGAUUCAUCCUGAGCACAUUGGCAGCUGUAUUAGCCCCUGAAGUCGUAGACGGAGCCAGAGCUGUUUCACUGUGUUUAAGCAAACACAUGCACACAAACAUAUGCACGUGCAAUGGCACACUCAUCAG